AAGAAUACUGCGAUUGUGCCACAUCGAAAAUAAUCAAGUUCUUAUCGUAAAAUUAUUUUCUAGGCGAUUCAUAAAACAAUAAAGUGUCCGAAAAAGAAAUUAUAAGAUGGGAUUGACAAUAUCCAGCCUGCUGACGCGCCUCUUUGGGAAGAAACAGAUGCGGAUUUUGAUGGUUGGUUUGGACGCGGCCGGAAAAACCACCAUACUAUACAAACUCAAACUAGGUGAAAUUGUAACUACAAUUCCCACCAUUGGGUUUAAUGUGGAAACUGUAGAGUACAAGAAUAUUUGUUUUACUGUAUGGGAUGUGGGCGGCCAGGACAAGAUCCGACCGUUGUGGCGUCAUUACUUCCAGAACACACAGGGAUUAAUUUUUGUCGUGGACUCUAACGACCGUGACCGAAUAAACGAGGCUGAAAAGGAGUUGCAAAACAUGCUGCAAGAGGAUGAGCUAAGAGACGCAGUCUUGUUGGUCUUUGCAAACAAGCAGGAUCUACCCAAUGCCAUGAGUGCAGCUGAACUAACCGACAAGUUGCAUCUGAAUCAGUUGAGAAACCGCCACUGGUUCAUUCAAGCCACAUGUGCCACGCAAGGGCAUGGUCUUUAUGAAGGGCUGGACUGGCUGUCCGCGGAGCUGGCCAAGAAAUGAUUGAUGCUCGAGAGAUGGCCGGACCUUCGUCUUGUAAAUUAGGAAUGCGUAUUGUCCUACACUGAAAACAAUUGAUUAGACUCUAAAUAAAUGCGUAUGUGAAUAUUAA